GCCUCGGCUGCCGCCGCUCCGCCAUCUUUCUCGGCUGCCCCAUUGUUCACUCAGCGGCGGUUAGGCGGCUCAUACUGCGCAAUAAAAUAACUUGACGGCGUUACAGGCCAGCUGCCCGCGACAGUCGUCUUUCUCUCAGGGUUGCGACUUGUUCUCGGUCAGCAAGUUAAACAGAAUGGACGAUGACCAGCCCAAAACCCUGUACGUGGGGAAUCUGUCCCGGGACGUGACAGAGGCCCUCAUCCUGGAGUUGUUUGGCCAGAUUGGACCCUGCAAGAGCUGUAAAAUGAUAGUAGAUACGGCGGGUCAUGAUCCGUACUGCUUUGUGGAGUUCUAUGAGUAUAGACACGCCACGGCCACAAUCGCGGCCAUGAACGGUCGGAAAAUACUGGGUAAGGAGGUCAAGGUCAACUGGGCCACGACGCCAACCAGCCAAAAGAAAGACACAAGUAGUCACUUCCACGUCUUUGUUGGAGAUUUAAGUCCUGAAAUCACCACAGAUGACAUAAAAGCAGCAUUUGCUCCGUUUGGGAAAAUAUCGGAUUGUCGAGUGGUGAAAGACAUGGCCACAGGUAAAUCUAAAGGCUAUGGCUUUGUCUCCUUCUUCAACAAAUGGGAUGCUGAGAACGCCAUACAGCAGAUGGGAGGGCAGUGGUUGGGCGGGAGGCAGAUCAGAACCAACUGGGCCACGAGGAAGCCGGCGCCUAAGACUACGAACGAGACACCCAACACUAAGCAGCUAUCCUUCGACGAGGUGGUCAACCAGUCCAGCCCCAGCAACUGCACCGUCUACUGCGGGGGGGUCACCACCGGCCUCACGGAGCAAAUCAUGAGGCAGACCUUCUCACCUUUUGGCCAAAUAAUGGAAAUCCGUGUUUUCCCGGACAAAGGCUACUCGUUUGUGAGGUUCAACUCCCACGAAGCGGCAGCUCACGCCAUCGUGUCGGUCAACGGCACGUCCAUCGAGGGCUACGUGGUCAAGUGUUACUGGGGCAAAGAAACCACCGACAUGGUCAGCCCCAUCCAGCAGGUACAGAUGCCACAGCAGAGCGCGGUGAGCUUCGCGGCGGCGCAGCCCUACAGUCAGUGGGGUCAGUGGUACAGCAACACGGCCGCCCAGCAGAUCGGGCAGUACGUGCCCAACGGGUGGCAGGUGCCGAGCUACGGCGUCUACGGGCAGACCUGGGAUCAGCAGGGCUACAAUCAUUUACACGCCGGGGCCGGAUGGACAGGCGUGGGCGCCGUGAGCAACGGGGCCAUGGUGGAGCCGGGCCAGGGGGUCAACGGGGCCGUGCUCACCAACACGGCCGGCAUGAGCGCCGCCGGCUACCACACCCACUGAUCAGAGGUCCCAGGAGGCCGCUCUGAAGCCUGCAAGGGCCAGGAGGGUGAUGCUCUGCCGGGGGG